UCCUUUCUUUUACUUUUUCCCUAAUAAGAAAACAUAAAUACCUAAAAGCAUUUUCAUAUAAAUAUCUCUCUGUCUUCAUAGACUCGUACAUACACAUACUUAUAUAUAAAGGACAUAUAUAAUUAUAUAAAAUAAAUUCCACAAACAUUACAUACGUACGAGAGGACUUCUUUCCUCAAAUUAAUAUUUGUUUAUGCUCCAAGCAUGCCCAACUUCAGUCCUCCCAAUGUAUGUGAUGAGCUAUAUCAAGUAGUGUUGAAUGAGAUAGUAGAGGUUUUGGUAUCAGUUUGCGAAAUUCAUAGAAUACCGUUAGCUCAAACAUGGGCUUCGUGCCACCAACAAGGCCACUCAGGCGAGAACUAUGCUCGUUGCGUCUCUUCAGCCAGCUUAGUCUCAGAUCUCGAACUCCUUGGCUUCCACCAGGCUUGUUCUCAGCAGCAUCACUUGUUUCGCAAUCAAGGCAUAGUUGGUGCAGCCUUUACCGGCAACAAGCCUUGUUUUGCCACUGACAUAACUGCCUUGGACCAAAAAGAAUACCUUCUUUCUCACCAUGCCAGGAUGUUUGGCCUACGUGCAGCCUUGGCCAUCCCUCUAAGAAGCGUCUACACUGGGGUCUCCUCCUUCGGUUUCGUAUUGGAGCUUUUCUUGCCUAAGGAUUGCCAAGACCAGGAAGAGCAAAAGCAAAUGACCAACUCUUUAUCAUUUCUUAUACAGCAAGCUUGUGAGUGUAAGAGUUUACGUGUUGUUGUAGAGAAAGAGCUUAAAGAAGAUCAAGUGAUGUUACAGACUCGGGAUCAAACAACGGUUUCUACUCCAGAAGAGGGUCUGAAACUAUGGAGUGCUAAUACUACUACUUACCCUGUUGGAGAUCAAUCCUCAGGGAAAAAGUCUUCUUGUUUUGAUCAUGUUGUGGUGGAGGCACAGCAGCAUGGGAGAGAGGUCUCAGCCUCACUAGAUUCUCUGACAGAAGAGCCCGGAAAAGAGUUCAGGGUGACACCUCAUGGAUUCAACUUGAAUCAUGGAGAUUUGCCCAAAGGGAAAGUGUCUAUAGAUUUUGGGCAACUUCAGCAGUGUUCUGUGUCUAAAGAGUCCAGUAAUGAAAGUGCAGAUUCUUACUAUUUUCGUGGGCAUAGCUCUUCUGGGGCCAGAAAAGCACAGGAGAAGAGGACUAGAAGUACAGAGAAUAUAAGCUUGUCUGUUCUUAGGCAGUACUUUGCUGGGAGCCUUAAAGACGCUGCUAAGUGUAUAGGAGUUUGCCCCACCACUCUGAAAAGGAUAUGCAGGCAACAUGGAAUAACUAGAUGGCCAUCUCGAAAGAUCAAAAAGGUUGGCCACUCAUUGAUGAAACUUCAACUCAUGAUCAAUUCUGUUGAAGGUGCUGACAGAGCUAUUCAAAUUGGAUCCUUUUACUCAAGCAUCCCACAGCUUAACUCUCCAAUGAUUCCAGAAAACAAUGAUGAUUCUUCUUCAUCAAUCAAUCCAUGUGAACACCGAAACCAUCAGCAAUUAAAUAGCCAAUCAAACUCUCAACUCGAGAGUGGCAUAUAUAAAUAUAAUCAUGGGUUAGCCAUGAAACCUCUAUCAUCCAUGUCCAGUGAAGUAUCUGCACUUCAGCUACACUCCACCACCACUUUUGAUGGGUUUAAUGGAGACUCUUUGAUAACAGAGGACUCUUCUCUGGUUCUCAACAGAUCUUGUAGUGGUCAUGGAGAAUUACUUGCCUCCAGCCGAACCGAGAAUCAGAUUUUGCAUCAAACUUUGCCUCUGCUGCCUGAAAAAAAUGUGGGGAUCACCUCAAGAGAUAAGUUUGCAUUUAGAGUUAAAGCAAAUUAUGGUGACAAGAAGAUCCGGUUCAGUUUGAUACCCAACUGUUCUUACAAAGAGCUGCAGCUCGAGAUUAUGAGGAGAUUUAGUCUUGAUGACAUUACUAUGAUUGAUAUCAAGUACUUGGAUGAUGACAGAGACUGGAUUUUGUUGACCUGCAAUGCUGAUCUCCAAGAGUGCUUUGAAAUUCACAGUCAAUCUCAAAACUGGAAAAUGAGAUUGUGCCUUCAACAAGCUUCGUCUAAUCAGAAAAUUGAACCAAGUCCUUUUGAAAGCAGCAGCAGCAGCAGCCAUGUUAGCAGUACCAACUACAAGUCUGUCUAGCUACUUAACUAUAUGGUAUUGGUAAUUCAAAUCAUAUAUAUGUGUGUGGAGCGGGCACGAAUUUGAUACAAAUUGGUGCUUUAUCUAAGAGACGAUGUUAAUACUACCUUCUGUAUUUCAAAGAGUAUCUGAAUAUUAUCCUCGGUAAUAUUACUUGGUUGCUUUCCCAGAUGCGGAGCAGGAAUGGUUGCUAUUAUGAACUAAAAUCACAACAAAUGAAAUAAAUAUAGUGGGAUAAUAUCAGAAAAGUGAUGUAAAAAAAAAUAUAUAGAUCAUUACAAAUCAUCAAAAUCCAUUAUGAGGCAUCUGGAUUUUUUUU